AUGGAGCCCAACCCUUUAGUUGCUCUCUUUGGUACCAUGGGAGGCGAGGCUGAUGCACCCGCCGCGCUGAGUAUCCGUCCUGACCAAUCUCAGUUCUUUCGCUAUGAGUCCUUCACCAUGGACUGUGCGGUACCUGGAAACGGCACUGGUUGGACGGUGAAGAGGAACACCCCAUCUAAGUUGGUUGUGUGUGAGGAUGGCUGGGGUCGGCCAAAUGGCUCAUCUUGCUUCAAGCAGAGCGUCUACACGUCAGACACUGGAUUGUACUGGUGUGAGUCUAAGUGGGGGGAGUGCAGCAAUGUCCUCAACAUCACGGUCAACGUUGGCGUCGUGAUCCUGGAAAGUCCUGCACUUCCUGUGGCUGCGGGGGACCAGGUGACCCUUCGCUGCUCCUACAAGGAAAGAUAUGCGCCGCGUCCUUCGUCCGAUUUUAACGCAGUCUUCUACAAAAAUGGGUUUGAGAUCGAAAACUCCUCGGAUGGAACGUUGACUCUUCCCAGAUUGUCCAAAGCUGACGAGGGCCUCUACAAGUGUAAACACCCAACAGAAGGAGAGUCACCAGAGAGUUUCCUGGCUGUGAGAGCGUCUCUGAGGGUGAAUCCCGUCAGGUCCCAGUUCUUCGAGUACGAGUCGUUCUCUCUGAUCUGUGAGCAGCAGGGAAGCCCAGCUGAGGACUGGAGGGUUAAAAGGAGCACGGCCUUCCACCAAGAGGAAUAUUGUCCUCCGUUCCCGAGCAGAGGACAUGGACCUAACUGCUCGCUCAAUGAUGUUUAUUAUUCAGACUCUGGAGUUUACUGGUGCGAGUCUGCAGCAGGACGAUGCAGCAACGCCAUCAACAUCACGGUGGCCAGCGGUUCGGUGAUCCUGGAGGGUCCUGUCCACCCUGUGGCCGAGGGGGAAGCUCUGACUCUGCGCUGCAGGACGAGAGCUCCAUCCUCCAACCUCACCUACUUCUACAAAGACGAUCUUCUCGUUGGGAACAGCACCAGCGGAAACCUGACCAUCCGUAGGGUUUCUCCAAAUGACGAGGGACUGUACAAGUGCAGCGUCGCCGGACUGGGACCGUCACCGGGCAGCUGGCUGGCCGUCAGAGGUCGCACUUUGUAUUGGCUGCCAGAAUGUGACGUGGAAGUAGAGCACGGAUACUAUUGGACAGAGCUUUGUUUGGGAAAGACGAGGAAAAGACUGCAGCCUGCAACGGAGGUGCCAGCACUCGGCUCAAACGUUAGCGGGAAAUACAAGAAGGAGACCAACAUGGACAGCAGAGAGGAGGAGAGGUGGAAGAAGGAGACAAAGACGGACAGCAGAGUGGAGGAAGCCAGGCUGGGCGAGACAUGA